AUGGCAUCUUCCUCGGCAAUUGGACCGCCCCCGCCGCAGCAUCAAGUGUUCAUCUGUUUCCGGGGAGUCGAUGUGCGGUAUGGCUUCCAGAGCUUCUUGAGGGCAGCCCUGAAAAGGGGAAGAAUAAAGGUGGCAGCGGAUGUGGACGCGGUGAGGGGGCAACCCAUCUACGAAAACCUAUUAAAGAUGAUUAAAGGGUCGAGGAUCGCGGUAGUGAUCUUCUCAGAGAACUUCUCGGAUUCGGAGUGGUGCUUGGGGGAGCUGGUGGAGAUCAAGAAGAGAAUGGAUCUCGGGAAGAUGAAAACUCUUCCCAUCUUCUUCAGGGUGAAGCCGGACGACGUCCAAAAUGCCACGGGAAGGUUCGGCGACAUUCUCCUGCGGCUGGAGAAUGACAAACGGAGGGAGGCCAAGGGAAAUGCCGAGGCCUCUCAGCUUACGUCGGCCAAGAUCGACCAGUGGAGAGACGCUUUGGAGUCCGUUUCCGACAUCAUGGGUUUGACUUGUGCAAAGGACAGGUACUGCCCUUUUACUUGUUUAUAUAUGGAAGGUGAUGCUGCCGGACGAGAACGGCAUCAGGACAGCAUCGCGGACCUGAGAAAACCCACCGCCCUACGCAGUAGCCGGCAAACCACGCAGAGCAGAUACCAGGCCCCUUUUGUGGAUGAAGUCGUUGAGAGGGUGAAGGAAAUGUUAGCCAACAUUCCAUCAGAGCACCAAGUAUACAUAAAUUUCCGGGGAGGGGACGUACGGAAAAGUUUCCUCAGCUGUCUGGUGGACGCAUUGAGGAGAAACGGGAUAGGCGUGUUCAUCGACGUGGAGAUGCUGAUAAAGGGAGAAGACCCACGCGACACCUUCAACAGGAGCAUCAGAGAAGCGAGGGUUGCCCUCGUCAUCUUCUCCACCAAAUACGCGCAAUCAAGAUUGAGCUUGGACGAGCUAGUUGAGAUCAAGAAUCUCAUGGCCACGAAGAAGCUUCAAGUCAUUCCCAUCUUCUACAACGUCAAAUCCUCCGACGUGAGAAGACGGAUGAGAGAGCUCAGCGAUAAACUUCGUUACCGGACAUCGAGAAAUGAAGACAGGAUCAUGUCCUGGAGAGAAGCUUUAGAGUGUGUCAUGACAACGACUGGUUUCACCUAUGGAGCCUACGGCAGCAAAGAAGCAGAUUUGGUGGAUAUAAUCGUUGAGAAGGUUAAGAAAGUGUUGGCCCGAAUUCCUCCCAGGGAGACAGAGAAUCCCCCUGCCUGUGACGACAGCCCCAAUGGAGGGUCGACGAUGGGAGAGCAAACAUAGCCGCAGAAAGAGGAAGUCUUCCUGCUUCAGCAACUCCAGGAAGAUAACUCAAGUGGAGCUCUGUUCUUCCCGGCUCUUGUCAGAUUCUAUCCAUUUCAAGUCUUUGUUCAUUACAUAUUGAAACCACAACUUAGAGAAGAAACGUCACAGUAUGUUGAAAAACGCUUGUUUGUUAUUCUUCCACCCAUGUUUCCCUUUGGUAAGAAUGUUUCUUGCAACCCAAGAAACUGUUUUUGUAUGAAAACGCUCUUACAUUACAUAUACAUUUGCCAUUUUCAUCACAUAUUAUUCCCCCUGCUGAAACAUCGCUGGAGCUUGACCUCCUC